UCCGGCGUAGGAACUGUGAAGACGUAUAUUCCAUAUAAGUAAUUGUGCGUUGCUUAAGAUUCGUAUCAUAAAGAAGUUUUAACUUGUGAAAAUGUUAAAAUAUUGUGAGGUGGACUCCGAUCUGGAAACCCACCUUAGAAAAAUGAGUGUCGAAAGUGGACAUGAAGUCAGCGUUCAACCAGAGUCCAACGGCGAGUCGCCACCGUCACCUGAAGAGGGAUCCGCUCCACCAACUGACGAUAUGAGCAGAUAUUCUUAUGAUAAAAUUGUCGCGGAGGCAAUUGCGGAUAAUUUGUAUAAUGUAUCGGUGGAGCUGGGUCUAGAAGAUGAAUACGGUGGUUUGAGCCUAUACGCCUCUUCUCGCGGACCACCACUACCAUUUGUUUUCAACGAAUAUCUACGAAGGGAGGCCGAAGAAUAUGACAUCGAUUAUAAGAUUAGCAAAAUUGAGGGCUUGGAAUCGAUGGUCGUGAAUAGUCCCUCGUGGUAUGAUCGUGUGAAGCCACACUUGACAGUUCUAGAACGAGAGGAAUUGUGGGAAAGAGCUCCUUGGGCUGCAAAAUUUUUUUGGAAUGACUUCGAAUUCUUUUGGAAUGAUGAAGAUGAUACUUUUAACCCUCCGUUAUAUGCGCAUUACUACUAUAUACCUGUUUUUUAAAAUAGUUUCUCUCAGAAUACAUUGUUUAACAUAAAAUUAUAUUAGUUAGUAUUUUCAUUUAAAUAUCGUUUACAAAGCCAUUAAUUUUUGCAAGAUCUGUUGUUCGUUCUCAAGUAUCUUUCUACUGGGGUGAUUGUAUUUUUUUUUAUAUUGUAUACGUUUAUAAAACGUGCUAAUGGAACUUGUCAGAACAACUGGGCUAGGAAAACCAGAUAAACACAGUGAUGAUGAUCAUAAUAAUAACAGAUAAUAGUAGAAUAUUUGGUACGAAAGAGAUAUCUUUGUGAAUAUAAAAAUAGAAGAAAUCUGAUAUUCCCAUGAAAAUCAUCAGAGGCACUACAAUACUGAAAAGUAAAAUAUUAAUUUUAUAUAAUAUUUUGAUAUUCGACACUAGAUAACAAAAUAUUAUAUUUAUAUCAAUUAAGCACAUUUUGUUUCUUGAUAAAAAAUAAUUUUUUUAAUAAAUAAGUCUCGUAGUUGAAUAUUGUUAGUGCCAGCUGAUUUAAAAAUAAAAUAUGUGGUUUCUUCUAGAGAU